GUGGUGUACCAGAGUGCAGUGCAGCUUGCAUACGCCGACCAGUUGCUCUCAGAUGUGCACAAAAAGUUCCGGGACAUGUACAAGAAUGUCUUCUCGGACAAUAAACUCUUCUUUUCCUGUACAAAUCGCACGUUCCAGCAGUUUGAUGAGAUCUUUCAAAACCUGUAUCGCGAUGCCCAGUUGCAGUCUAUCAGCCAAUCCGAAAAAGUGAUGCGAAAAUUUCAGGAGAGCGAAAAGUCCAAGAAAACGGUGGCAUCGAUGGUGGAGCGCCCGUCUGAACGGACAGCAAAAUUGCUUAAGGAGAAGAACGAGCAGCAGGAGCCGGCGACGAAACAGAGAGGGCCGGAAAAAGGUGCGCUAGCAGUAGCCAGGGAAAAUGAGACACCGCUAACGAAUGGCUACAGGUUGGUGGCUCAUUUUAGCUUAUUGCAAAUUAUUAUCACGCCACUCUUGUGA